AUGGUUGCAGAAACUCGUCUUUACGAUGCCCUCUCCAUCAAACCCGAUGCCACACAGGAUGAGAUUAAAAAGGCCUACCGCAAGGCGGCGUUGAAGUUUCACCCCGACAAGAAUAAGGAUAACCCGGCCGCGUCGGAGAAGUUCAAAGACGUGUCCCAAGCAUACGAAGUCCUAUCCGACCCCGAGAAACGCAAAGUUUACGACCAAUUCGGUCUCGAAUACCUACUCCGUGGUGGUCCCCCGCCAUCCAGCGCCGGUGCUGACGGCUCCAACCCCUUCGAAGGUGGCAUGCCGGGCGGCUUCUCGUUUGGUGGGAUGCCCGGUGGGGGUGGAGGUGGAGGUGGUGGCACCCGAACAUUCCAUUUCUCGACGGGCCCUGGCGGCAGCGGCAGUGGAUUCCGGUUCAGUAAUGCGGAUGAUAUCUUCCGGAACUUUGCUAAAGGAGGUAUGGGUGGUGGAAUGGGAGGGAUGGAAGAAGAUGAUAUAUUUUCGAUGCUGGGCGGCGGGCUUGGCGGUGGUCGGGGAUUUAGGAACAGUCGCGGGCCCAGCGGAUUCAAGCAGUCGUCGCAGCGGGCACCGACGCCGGAGCCGACAGUCAUGGAGAAGGAAUUGCCGCUGACGCUGGAGGAGCUGAUGCGCGGUACGACCAAGAAGGUGUCGGUGAAGAGCAAGACGUUUGAUGCGAGUGGGAAGCGCACGGUGCAGGAUGUGACACUGGAGGCGAACAUUAAACCGGGGCUGCGAACCGGCUCGAAGAUCAAGUACCGGGGAGUGGGCGAUCAGGAGGAGGGGGGUCGUCAGGAUGUGCAUUUGAUUGUGACGGAGAAAGAACACCCCAACUUCAAACGCCAGGGCGACAACCUCGUCACGGCAGUCGAGUUGAGUUUGAAAGAGGCCCUCACGGGCUGGGAGCGCAUCGUGCGCACGAUCGACGGCAAAUCGAUCCGGGUGUCCAAGCCCGGACCGACGCAGCCCGGCCACGAGGAGCGGUUCCCGGGUUUAGGCAUGACGAUUUCGAAGAAGCCCAGCGAGCGGGGAGAUCUGGUGGUGCGGGUGAAUAUACGGUUCCCGGCGAGUUUGAGUGCGUCGCAGAAGGAGGUUCUGAGGGACGUGUUGCCGUGA